AUGUGGUCGACGGGAUGUUUGACUGCGUGGUUGUUCGGCGCGGUGGCUCUGGGCUUCAACCUGGACGAACAGUUUGCGACCGUGCUUCGAGGGGAUCCCGGCAGUUACUUCGGGUUCUCGGUGGCUUUUCAUCAGAACAGCCAAGGCAACCAAGCCCUGGUGGCGGCCAUCCGCGCCAACUCGUCGUUGCCCGAAUGGAGCGACAUCCAUGAACCGGGCGUCUUGUACCGGUGUCCGCUGCUGCAGGAAGGAAGGCCCUGCAAGCAGGUCGUCGUCGAGGCCUCGGGCAACGAGGACCACCCGAAUAACGUCGAGUAUUUGCGAUACUACGACCUCAAGGACAACAUGACCCUGGGCAUGAGCAUGGACGUCUCAUCCAAAGGAGACAUCCUGGUCUGCGCACCGCUCUGGAAGAACCAGAAGUGGCCCGGCGUGUACCUGCCCAACGGUGCCUGCUACGUGCUCGACAAGAACUUCAGGAGACUCCGGAAACUUGUGCCGCUCAUCAAGAGAUUGCAGCAGGCAGUGAACAUGGACUAUUACUACUAUGCUGCUGAGAUGGGCUUCUCAGCGGCCUUCACGAAAAAAGACCAGGUGGUGUUGGGUACCCCUGGUUUCUCCAACUGGGAAGGCUCGGUUGUCCGUUAUGGAGCAGACAUUUCGGAUGAGAGCUUGCGGCCCCCGGUUCCGCUCGCACGAAAGGCGAAAGACACAUACAAAGGUUAUUCCGUGGCAACAGGAAAAAUGUUCAGGGACACUGACGUUACCUUAGCCAUGGGAGCACCGAGGAGCAACGACUACAAGGGGGAGGUGUUCCUGUUUGACUUUGACGCUCCCUGGGGAGGGAGGGCCACUCCUAUCAAAGCCCGGUUGUACGGAGGUCAGAUGUGCGAGUAUUUCGGAGCGUCCCUGCUCGCGGUAGACUUGGACAAAGACGGCGACGGCGGAAUGGACGAUCUGCUCGUGGGCGCGCCCAUGUACACACACCCGGACGGCAUGGACGAAGGCCGAGUCUACGUUUAUCGGAGCAGCGGUUCUGGCCUGUACGCCAGAGGUGCGCUAGAAGGAUCACGUGCCAAGGGAGCAAGGUUCGGGACAAGCAUCGCUGGCGUCGGUGAUCUCAACUUGGAUGGCUAUCAGGACGUCGCUGUGGGUGCCCCGUACGAGAAUGACGUUGGCGCCGUGUACAUAUAUCACGGCAACGUGAUCCUGGAUGGGAAAUCGGAGUACGCCCAGCGAAUCGCAGCCAGUUCCGUCUCCUCGCGGAUCGGGGUCCCGCUGAAGGGCUUCGGCAUCAGCAUUUCCAAGGGCUUUGAUGUGGACUCGAAUCGCUACCAAGACGUCCUGGUGGGUGCAUAUGCUUCAGACAGCGCCGUUCUUUUCCGGUCGCGUCCGAUUGCGGAGCUCAGGGGUUCCAUCAAAGCGGAUGUGUCCAUGAUCACGGCGGACAUCGGGAGCUGCGAGGUUUCGGGCGGAGAUACUUUCUCCUGCUUCAAGCUCAUCUCUUGCGUCCGCUAUUACGGGAAGUUCGUCAGUCCUACCGUGGAAGUGGAAACCGAGUUGAGUAUCGACGUGAAGCGCGUGGCAGACAACCGCCCCGUCCGCGGUUUCAUGUACAACAACGUGACCCAGGUGAACAAGUACAGCUCGUUGCUCACCGCGAGGGUGAACCACUCCACCUGCGAAACCAGGAUGGUUUACCUGCAGGCGGUUUUCGCCGAUCCUGUGACGCCGUUCGUGACUCGCUUGGAAUAUCGACUGCGCGAGCCCAGCGAGCAGCGCUGGUGCCCCACGUGCCCCGUUCUAGACAAAGACCUUCCACAGGCAGUCACGCAAACGAUUCCGUACCAACAUGGCUGCCGAUCCGACGACGUCUGCAGGUCCGAUCUGAAGCUGAAUGUGGAGCUCACCAACUACGAUUCCUCGUCGCCCCUGGUAGUGGGCGAGCGGCGAGACCUGUCCGUGUCCGUGGUCGUGGAGAACAAGCAGUCCCUGGACCCGGCGUACCUGGCCCGCGUCGUCAUCACGCUUCCAGCCACCGUGGGCGUCGUGAACAAGGACCGCUGCAGCGUCCAGAGGGACCGGGACGCCAUCUUGGAGAAGAUCCUCAUCGUCUGCGACGCCGGCAACCCGAUGCGUCCUGGCCGUCGCGAAAACUUUAUGCUCAAGCUGGAUAUGAGCCACGUGCAAGAAACCUUUUCGCUCAGCGCCGAGGCGACAACGACCAGCGAAGAGUCAACUCCUAAAGACAACAAGGUUCUGGUUACGCUGCCAUUCGUCUACCAGGCUGACAUUGCUAUGUUAGGGAAAGCCAAGCCAGAAGUUGUAACCUUCAACCCAGAAACAAAGUCGAUUCUGAUGGAACAUGGUUUCGUCCUGGUCAAGCAGUACGCCAGCCCGAUCCAACAAGUUGAACUCUCCCUGCACGUCCCGUAUGUGUUCAGCGAGUCACAACCACCGAUAAGCUACGUCAAAAUGAUAAAGGUCCUCCAGGGCGACCUGUUUGUUCCCGGCACGUGCCGGAGUGUCGAGGGCUACUUCAGCCACAACGACAGCCGGGGGGUCCCCGAAAGCGCAAUUCCGACAGAAGCCGUGUCCGGGGCCUCGAAGAAUGGCACGGUGGGGGUGUCCGGCCGCGUGCAACGGGCCGCACCCGAGACGGACUUCCGGCCGGAAGGACUCUCCAAGCUCCUCUACAGGAACAUACCGCCUUUGAACUGCAAGACAUCCCUAUGCCAUGAAAUUAGAUGCAACCUGGGACCCUUCCUGAACCGCCACAGAAUUGCGCAGAUCAUGCUCUACAUCGUCUUCAACAUGACAGAGUUCACCAGACAAGCAGGGAUCUGGCACGCCUUUAGUGUUGGAUCGGAGGGGUCGCUCAAGAUCUUGGACAACACCACUUUCAUCUCUGGGGCUACCUUCCAAAAGGAGAUUAGAGUGGCUACCGUGCUCCAGAAAGAGGGCCCUCCUCCCGCCAAGAAGGUGGCCGCUUGGAUCGUGGCGGUCAGCGCAUUCUGUGGCCUCAUCCUCUUUUCGCUCAUCAUCGCGGGGCUCGUUCAUUUGGGUUUCUUCCGCCGCCAGCAACGCGAGGCCCUGGAACGGCUGCUGAAGGAGGAACAGGAUCAGAACGAGUGGAACGAGUUCAUGGUCACCGAGGCCGAGGUCGAAGCCGAGAAGGAGUACUUCCGCAAGAGCAUGAUGGCCGGCGUCGAGGACUUCAACCUAGAGGACUUCAAGGGCGAACCAGGAGCGGCCUUCGAGCCUGAACUGGACUCCGCAACCACCGACGAGAAAGCGGUGGCGUUUGCCAACUAUAGUUACAGCAGUCCGCCUCCUCCGCAAAUGUAAAAACACUCCACCAUCGGAGAUAUUCUG